AAACACAUCAUCUCAGUUCAAAUCAUCACAAACUUCUACAGCUCGAUGAUCUCUUCAUCAACUCUCCUGCCCCAAUUAAGCAACUAUAACUGAUCUUCACUCCCCUAGAAAGAAAAGUGAAGAAAGAUGGCCGCAGCCGACGCAGCUGCAGCAAGGAAACUGACCAUCACAAGGCCAUGCAUUCUUCUCAUAGCGAUUGCUGGGACGGAGAGGUUUGUUUUCAAAGGGGUGGCCUCCAACAUGGUCACCUUUCUGACCCAAGUCGUCCGCAUGGGCAACUCGUCGGCGGCGAAAGUGGUCAACUACUGGAGCGGCGUCACCUUCGUGCUGCCGCUCGUGGUGGCGCCCUUGGCCAACUCUUACUUCCGUCAUCCUCAUCACUCCACCAUUUUCGCCUCUGCACUUGUCUAUCUUCUCGGGUUGGUUGUUUUGGCAUCAACGACCCUAAUGGGGGCCGCCGGGAUAAAGACAACCUCGGCGUCCCUCUUCUUCAUCUCGCUCGGCAACGCCGGUUAUAAACCGGCGUUACAAGCCUUGGCCGCCGAGCAGCUGGAAGACGACAGCGGCGGAGAGGAAGACAAGAGCGCCUUUUUCAAGUGGUCCUACUUCGGAGUCUGCUGCGGCUCCCUCGUGUCUUUUGUUCAAGAGACGUUCGGAUGGGGGCUCGGGUUCUCCAUUCCCGCCCUCUCCAUGCUCGCCUCCCUCCUCCUUUUCCUCUCCGCCAGUCGGUUCUUUGUUCACCGGGAUCCGGCGGCGGCGGCGGCGGGUACCACCGAAAUGGUGGUUUUGCCGUCUCACGAAUCCUCCGGCGGGGACGAGAUUGAAGUUGAAGGAGAAGAAGAAAGGCUACUGGACAUGGAGAAGAAGGGGAUGGAGAACAUCUACCAAACGGGGAGAGUGGUCUUGCGGCUCCUCCCUGUUUGGACGAUGAUGCUGCCCUUCACUGUCAUCUUCCAGCAGCCGGCCACCUUCUUCAUCAAGCAGGGAAUGCAAAUGGAGAGGAGGGUCGGAUCCCACCACUUCAGGAUCCCGCCGGCGGCCCUCCAGACCGCCAUAACCAUUUCCGUCAUCGUCCUUACGCCGGUCUACGACAGGGCAUUCGUCCCCCUCGCCCGCCGCCUGACGAAACAAGACAAGGGGGUGACCGUCCGGCAACGGAUGGGCAUCGGGAUGGUCCUGUCCGUGGCCGCCAUGGCGGCCGCCGCCCUCACGGAGGGCAAGCGGCUGGCGGCGGCGGCCGCGGCGAGGAGGGAGAUGACGAUCUUCUGGCUGCUGCCCCAGUACAUCCUACUGGGGCUCUCCGACAUCUUCGUUGUUGUCGGAAUGCAGGAGUUCUUCUACUCCGGGGUUCCGGCGACAAUGAAGACGCUGGGGUUUGCGGUGGACACCAGCGUGUUUGGUGUCGGAAGCUUCGUCGGCUCCCUCCUCAUUUUCCUUCUCGAACGCUUCACCGGCUGGCUUUCCGACGAUGUCAAUAAGGGAGGUAGUUUGGACAAGUACUACUGGUUUUUGAGCGGGUUGAGUGGUGUGAGCUUCAUCCUCUUCGUUAUCUUCUCUAAUUUAUUUCAUCAUUUGUAGUAGUCCAACAUAAUUGUGUGUACGUAGGUGUUUAAUUAGUUAUCCCCUCCUAAUUGUAAAUUUGAAAACUGGGGUUUUUCUUUUGUAAUUGAAGGUGUACGUAUAUAUGGAUAUUGGAUACUCAUCAAUGCCAUGUAGAGUUUAUUGUCACAUACGUUUAUUGAAUGAAAAUUUCUUCCAUGU